UAGAAACAAACAGAACACAUAACUUAAAAAACCUCAGAGAAGCUUCUCUUCAUCAAAACAACUUUUUUUUCCCCUUCCACUGUUAAAUUCUGAUUCUUCAAUCUCAGCUUCUGUUUCUCUUUCUCUUUCUUUUCCAUUUUUGAGAAUAAGUAAUACUGUAGCAUUUGUGUGAGCUGAAGUUUGAUGUCUGUGCCAUUAGAGCAAGGCUAUGUAGGCUUAGCAGAAGUUCCUGCAAUGGAAGGCUCUUCUGAAAAGUUUUCUCAGAAGACAAACUGUGGCUUAAACCUCAAGGCUACUGAACUGAGGCUUGGCUUGCCUGGUUCUGAGUCACCAGAGAGGGAUAGUGAUGGUGGUAGUGUGGUUGUUGAGGACAAGAGUGUGUACCCUUUAGGCAUGCUCAAGAGUUUGGUGUCUGGGGCUAAGAGGGGUUUCUCAGAUACCAUUGAUGGUGGUUCUGAGAAGUGGCUUCUCUCUGGGAAUGGUGGAUCUGAGGUGGGUGUGGGUAAAGAUUGUGGCUUGUUCUCUCCAAGGGGUGUUGGUGUUGGUGCUGGAAAGACUCUUGCUGGGGCUGAGUGUAGCAACCAGCAACAAGCUUCUGUUAUGAAAGAUAAAAUUCCUCAGUCUCCAAAGCCAUUGAAUGAGAAGAAACCGCAGAUAUCUGCUCCUGCUGCAAAGGAACAGGUAGUGGGAUGGCCACCAAUUCGUUCUUUCAGGAAGAACUCAAUGGCCACUCAGCCUCAAAAGAAUGAUGAUGAUGCAGAAGCCAAGUCUGGAUGCCUUUAUGUAAAAGUCAGCAUGGAUGGUGCUCCAUACUUGAGGAAAGUUGAUCUCAAAAUCUUUGGCACUUAUAGGGAACUAUCUUCAUCACUGGAAAACAUGUUUAGUUGUUUUACAAUCAGUCAAUGUGGCUCUCAUGGAGUUUCUAGUCGAGAUAAGUUGAGUGAAAGUAGAUUGAUGGAUCUUCUUCAUGGUUCAGAAUAUGUGCUCACCUAUGAAGAUAAGGACGGUGAUUGGAUGCUAGUUGGUGAUGUUCCAUGGGAGAUGUUCAUUGACUCUUGCAAGAGGUUGAGGAUAAUGAAGAGUUCUGAAGCAAUAGGACUAGCACCGAGAGCCAUGGAAAAGUGCAAAAGUCGAAACUAGCAAAAUGCUAGUGAUACUAGAAGGUUGAGUAUUAUGUUUAAUUGUUUAAAGCACAUCAUAACAGAGGCUAGAGGCAGGGACAGGGACAGGGACAGGGUACAGUCUGGGGCUUCUAUUCCUUGCUUAUGUAUAAUCCUACUUAUGGGAUCCCAGUGUCCUAAAGGUUUUAGUAGAAAAGACAUGUUUGUUGUAAACAUUUAAGGUUUCUUAGGUUUGUAUCCCCUCAGUUCUCUUCAAUCACUGUCAUUGUGGACUUCAUAAGGCUAAAAGCUAUUUAGUAUGUAAAUUUGUAUUUCUUUGGUAACUUUUUUGCUCUCU